CUCAGCUCGAGGGAGAGGAAGGGAGCUGUGACUCAUGCCCUUAUCAGCCAGCAGCUUUCCAGACCAAGGCCACGGCUCCUUUAGGACGAGCUCAGAGGUUGUCCCUCCAGUCUUUGCUGGUGCCUGUUGUUCAGUGACAUCACAAGCCUGACUUUGAGGGAAAAAACGCUCUUGCAAAGGCAAUGCCUGCACUGCAUGUAUAUAUAUAUAUAGAGAGAGAGAUGUAAAUCGCACAGGCAGGGGUCGGCUGCACGCUCGGCCCUUGGGCAGCAGCGACGAUGCACCCGGGACGGACGGACGGACGGACGGACAGAGGGGGAGGUGUGACCUGAGGGUUUGUACUUUGACCUUGUCUCGGAGGCAGUUAUGGGCUUGUGCCCGCCCGGAUCUGCCCCACCUCCCUUCCCAGAAGCCAUAACGCACGAAGAGAAAGGGAAUUUUGCUUUCGGUUUCAGGUCCCUUGUGGGGCUGCGCUGUUGUCUCCCCCUGCCCAGCCCCACGGCGGGGGGCAGGAGCGCAGCACCGCAGCCCACCCCCGCCAGGAGCGAUGGCUGCCUGCACCCCAGCAGGCAGGGCUGUGAAAGCGGAUGGGAAGGUGCUGGUUUCCUCACGCCCCUGCCUCCCUCGCGUCACCUCUGCCCUGGCUCGUGCUGUGAUUUUCUCCUGUGCCUUUCUCGUCCCUGAGCUGGAGGGCGCCCAGUUCAGGGUCUUGGGACCCGACCAGCCGGUCACUGCCGUCGUGGGAGAAGACGUCGUGCUGCCUUGCCGCCUCUCCCCGAGGCUGAACGCCGAGAACAUGGACGUCCUGUGGUUUUGGUCCACAUCCUCCAUCCAUGUCCACAUCUACCGCAGCGGGUGGGAUGACUACUCCUUGCAGAAUCCCCAAUACCGGGGGAGGACAGAGCUGUCAAAGGAGGGCCUCUCUGUUGGGAACGUUUCCUUGAGGAUCCUCAGCACCCGGCUGAGCGAUGAGGGACAGUACCGGUGUCUCGUCCAAGAUGGGGAUUCUUAUGAAGAAGCCUCUGUGGAGCUGCAGGUAGCAGACUCCAUUUUCCCAAAGGAAUAUCCCUGGAAGGUGGCUUUCUUCGUGACCCUGGCUGCCUGCUUCGCUUCCCUGGUUGCCUUCCCUCUUUUCAUCUCACGGCUACGAGGUAAGGCAUUAGGCAGGAGCAAGGGGACUUUGGGGCACCCAAGAGGGUCUCUGAGCACCCAAGAGCACACGGAAUGACGUGGACCUGCUCAC